UUUUUUCAGUAGCUGAAACGUUGUCGUUUCAUUCUUCAGAUUUAAUUCCAAAGAUCCCAUCUUUGGCACACAUCGAAGUCGUGUUUCUUACUUCUAUGGUUUCUUCUUCCCUUUUCUACCAAAAUCCAACUAGCUUCCUCCCCGCCGCCGCCGUCGUGCCGAUCCGCCGGUGAACUCUUACGUCAGCAGAUUGAAGAUUCUGAGAAUUAAGAGAGAAGAUGCACGGGAGGCCGCGGAAAGCCCCUACUGAUGAAGAGCAAGAAGCUUCAUCCAAUAAAGCCGUUAAACUUCGCGAUCUCCAAUCUCAAGUCCUUCAAUUUCACCGCAAUAAAAUAUACACGAAAGAAGCGAUUGAAAUCAGUGCGAAGCUAUUAGAAUCAAAUCCUGAGCAUUACACUGGUUGGAAUUACCGGAAGCUCGCUGUUGAACACCUUCUCGAUCACCUGCCGGAGAACGGAGUUGAUUCCGAGUCAAUUCAAUCAAUUCUCGAUGAAGAGCUGAGACUUGUAGAGAAUGCAUUGAAGAGGAAUUUUAAGUCCUAUGGAGCAUGGCAUCACCGUAAAUGGAUCCUAAGCAAGGGUCAUUCGUCCACCGACAGAGAAUUACGGCUUCUGAGCAAGUUCCAGAAGUUGGAUUCUAGAAACUUCCAUGCAUGGAACUACAGGAGGUUUAUAUCAGCACUAAAGAAGAUUCCAGAUGAAGAAGAACUUCAGUACACAACUAAUAUGAUAUAUGAUAACUUCAGUAACUAUUCUGCCUGGCAUAAUCGAAGUGUGCUUUUGUCUAAUCUACUCGAAAAAGGAGGAAAGGGAUAUGAUGAUAGAGGGACUGUUUUGGGAGAGGAGUAUGAGUUUGUACGCAAUGCUCUUUUCACGGAUCCUGAUGACCAAAGUGGUUGGUUUUAUCAUCUGUGGCUUCUCGAGCAAACACUGCAGCGGGAGCCUCUGUUUCUUUCUUCCUGGCCUCCUAAUGGAUCUACUCUCUGUUUAUCGAUUGAUGGUUACUUAAACAGCCAACAAUCAUGGCCUAUGCUACAUUUUCAGUCUAAGGCAAGAACAUUCCCUCUCAUUUUAUAUUUCAGCGAAGCUGUUGAAGGUGUAAGCUCAUCUACAGUAACUGUUGAAUCUGAAUAUAAUGCUGGGGGUGAUCUUAUUUGGAGACCACUUUCACCGAAGAAAUUUGGGUUUUCCCAAGCCUGGUUGACUGACCUUAAGUUUUCCGAUAAAGUGCAUUCUUUAGAGUCUUGCCCUGUAAAGAUUACGGUUGCACACUUUCCGGGUAUUAUUUCUUCAAGUGGUAUGCCAUGUAGCCAGUCUUGUCAUCUAUCUUUCACUGUGUGUGUACCUGCUAAUGAUCAAGAACGUUCUGAGGUGCAAACGGCUCACAGAAUAUCGUUGGAGGAAGAAAACUUUAAAGCACUUGCUACUCAAUCUGAAGAAGCAAAGUUGGUCCACUCACUAUCUAAACUGGAAAUCGAAAAGGUGAACCGGCCAACCACUUGUAAGCAGAGUUUGGAGACUAUAUCCAAUGAAAUAGCUCACUGCCAGGAAUUGUUAUCAUCAACAGAUUGUAAAAUUGGAAAACUUACUCUUGCAAGACUGUGGAUGGCCCGCAACACAUUGAUCACAUACGGCAGCACGGAUGAUGGAACUGAGGUCCAUUAUGAAGAUAUUCUUGCACUCUAUCGUGAUUUAAUGAAGAUGGAUCCUGUACAUAUUUGUUACUACGAGGAUGAGUACAGUUUAGCGUUAUGGAAGCAGGCGACUUCAAAUUUAGUCUCUUUGUUGAAGCACUGUUAUCAAUACCAAGAAACGUCUUCAUCACCAAGCAUGAAUCCUUCUUUGUGUGUACGACUAAAUGGUCUCUCACUGUCACGAAUCGGGAGUAUGGAGCACUUAUUAUGGGUUCAAAUGUUAGACCUCAGCCACAACAAACUCCGAUCAAUUGAAGGAUUGGAGACUCUUCAACUACUCUCCUGCUUGAACCUGAGUAACAACAAAAUCUGCAGUUUUACUGCACUGGAGCCGUUGAAGAAGCUCAAAUCCUUACAAGUAUUAGAUAUAUCAAAUAACGAGAUCGGUGCUCACUCUAUCGACACAAGAAGAUAUCUGUGCUCUUCUCCUCUGAAUCAUGCACUUGUAAGUGAAUGGCAUUUCGAUAAAUUUGCCAGUGACGAUGUCACAUUGAAGGAUCACUGGGAUGCUUAUCUAAUUUUCGAUGACCUGAAUUUGAUACAAUUAGAGAUUAUGGGAAACGCAAUUGUAGACGAUCGGUUGAGAUCGUUCUUGUUUAAGUUAAUGCCAUCACUGAAGUGGAUUGACGGUGAGAGCAAGUGCGACUAGGUUUGUUUAAACAAAUGAUAAUUGCUUCUUUUCUUUUUCGACUUUUUUAAUACGAGGGUUCGUUUUUCCUCUAGUCUUGGUUAAUUAUUGCAGUGAAUACUAUGUACAAUUCCUGUUUAUUAAGAUUUUUGGUGUAACAUCUAUAUAUUGCAUGUCUGGUUAUAGUUUUCUUUAAAUUGAAUAAGACGGAUUUUAGUGGAUG